AUGCCGUCCGUGGUUCCCAACGUGGGGGGGUCGUUGACGGGCAUCUUGUGCCUGGUGGUCACCGUGUGGGUGGUGCGCAUCUGGCGGAAGAGGAAGGCCGCCACCGUCGCAACGGAGGACGGCGCCGAGAGGCAGAAGUUCGGGAAGCUUUCCGCGAGCACGUUGGUGAUGCUGAUAGAGGACGACCCCGUUCCACAUCUUGUGGUGGACGUUAGGGGACCAGAAGAGAGAACUGCGCUCCCUGAGGUGCUGGGAAGAGCGUCUGGCGGCCUCCUGCGGGCGCAGGUGUGCGAGCUCCGCGGUCUGUUUCAAAGGAGGAGCUCGAGCGAUCUGACCCAAAAGAACUUCACAGAAGUUCUGCCUGGGAAGAAAGCGCCGCGGCGGGACGACCUUGUGGUGUUUGUCUGCGAGACGGGAGAGGAUAGCGUGAAGGCGGUGGAGGAAAUGGAAGCCAUGGGCUAUAGCUGUGCUGUCUAUCUUGAUGGUGGUUUGGCAUCCCUAAGACGACAGACCAUACAGCCUGCCCGCCUGAAGUACAUCAGCAGACAUGCGGUGGCAGUCCUGUUGAAUUUUGUUGAGACACCUCCACCCCUUGAUGCUCAGUUCAUUGACGUCCGGAGGGCAGACGAGCAUACAAUAUUUGGGACCAUCGAAGGCAGCAAGUUUCUCAAUGUGAACGAGCUUCCGAAGGCCCUCAGGCUUGAUUUCAAUGAGUUCAAGAGCAAGUAUGGCUUUCCCAAGCCCAAACGAGAUGACGUGAUUGUCCUAAACUGCAGGACAAACAGGCGGGCAAAGUGGGGUGCUGCCUUGUGUGGCGAAGCUGGCUUGCAGAGGGCAUAUGUGCAUCGGCAGGGUGUCCAUGGUUGGCAUUUCCAUCCUGGUGUGAAGAUGUACGAUUCAUACUAUCAAGGGGACGAGAUUCCUAAACCCAGACCAUUCCAAAUUGAGCGACCGGAUGUUGAUGCUGCCUGGCGCGAACUUGAGGACCUUGGCUUUGGGAGGCGGCCGACAUUGCCAGUGCCGUCCUUCACCAGCACAGCCACCAGUUCCCCAUUUGCUGGCCCUGACGUCGACCAUGGACAUCGUGUUGCAGCUGCCGCCCAAGCUUAG